GGAGGGAACUGAGGUAAAGGCGGAGGAAGAGGGAGGUUCCCGCCCCGCCAUUUUACGUCCUGGAGCCGGGAACUCCCGCCGGCUGCUGAGGGGACACCGGGUGGCGCUCUCAGGGAAGCCCCUCCGCCGCCGCCGCUGAGCUCUGGAUUUCGGACUGAAAAUGAUGGAAGAAAGUGGUAUAGAAACAACUCCCCCUGGAACUCCCGUACUAAGUACAGGAGGGGCCACAGCUCCUGCAAGCACCCCUAUCUCAUUAACCUCAACUUUUCCUUCUCCUAAGUUUGCCUCGCCUUUACCACCCCAAAUGUCCUCGCCAGAGCCACCGUCCUCUUUGCCUGUUCUGCCUUCUGCAACUCUUUCCACUGCAAGCGCUCCCCGGGGGAAUUUUCUUCCUCCCUCUGUUACUCCACCAGUGGCAUCAACUUUCAGUAACCCUGUCCCCCAGUUCCCAUCUUCUCCACCAGUAAAUUCCACUCCUGGCCCUGCCCUUUCUGCCCCUUCUACCGGUCCCCCCAUGUCUGGUUUUUCUGUGUCUUCCACUUAUGACAUCACCAAAGGCCACGCGGGUUGUGCACCUCAGACACCGCUGAUGCCAUCGUUUUCUGCACCCUCGGUCACAGGAGUCUUGACCAACCCUGCGACCCAACUGACUGCGGCGCCCCCUUUGUUAACGCCUGUCUCUGGAAGUGCUUCCUCCAUUACUUUCCCAGAAGAACAUGAAGAUCCCCGGGUUGUUGGUAUGCCCAGUGAAGUACCUGUUGGAGGUGGACUGUGGGGCUUUAUCAAAGGAGUGGCCGGGAAUCCUAUGGUGAAGUCAGUACUUGAUAAAACCAAACACUCAGUGGAGACGAUGAUCACAACUCUGGACCCUGGCAUGGCUCCAUAUAUCAGAUCUGGGGGAGAGUUAGACAUCAUUGUCACCUCAACAAAAGAGGUCAAGGUGGCUGCCGUGAGAGAUGCUUUCCAAGAAGUUUUCGGAAUGGCCACAGUGACAGGAGAAGCUGGACAGUCCAACAUAGCACCACAGCCUGUCGGCUAUGCAGCAGGAUUGAAAGGAGCACAGGAAAGGAUUGACAGUUUGCGCAGGACAGGGCUAAUACAUGAGAAGCAACCUGCUGUGUCAAUUGAGAAUUUCAUCGCUGAGUUGCUUCCUGACAGGUGGUUUGACAUCGGCUGCUUAAUUGUAGAGGAUCCUAUCCAUGGCAUUCACUUAGAAGCAUUUACGCAAGCUACACCGGUGCCCCUGGAAUAUGUACAACAGGCUCAAAGUCUGACUCCUCAAGAUUACAACCUCAGAUGGUCGGGUUUGCUGGUGACGGUUGGUGAAGUGAUAGAGAAGAAUUUGCCGCAUGUCAGCCGAACAGAUUGGCAUGUGGCAUUCACAGGCAUGUCUCGCCGGCAGAUGAUCUUCAGUGCCGCCAAAGCCAUUGCAGGAAUGUACAAGCAACAUUUACCUCCAAGGACCACUUAAGAAGAUACUGGCACUUAACCCCUAAGGGGACUCAUUUUUUAAAGACCGAGGUUGAAAGGAAACAAUAGCUAUCUUCAGCUCUUUCACUGAAGAUGCGCCUCAUUCUUUGUAACUUACCUAUAAACUGUAGUUUUGUUA